CAGCCUCAUUUCACAUCUGCAAUUCCCCACCUCCGAGCGAAACACCUCUCCCUCACUCUCACCUCCGAGAAGCUCCAGCGGCAGCCAUGGCCCCAAAGGCAGACAAGAAGCCGGCGGCCGAGAACAAGGUGGAGAAGGCGGCGGAGAAGACCCCCGCGGGGAAGAAGCCCAAGGCCGAGAAGCGGCUGCCGGCAGGCAAGACGGCGUCCAAGGAGGCCGGCGGCGAGGGGAAGACCCGGGGCAGGAAGAAGGGCAGCAAGGCGAAGAAGGGCGUGGAGACGUACAAGAUCUACAUCUUCAAGGUGCUGAAGCAGGUGCACCCCGACAUCGGCAUCUCCUCCAAGGCCAUGUCCAUCAUGAACUCCUUCAUCAACGACAUCUUCGAGAAGCUCGCCGGCGAGUCGGCCAAGCUCGCGAGGUACAACAAGAAGCCCACCAUCACCUCUAGGGAGAUCCAGACCUCCGUCCGCCUCGUCCUCCCCGGCGAGCUCGCCAAGCACGCCGUCUCCGAGGGCACCAAGGCCGUCACCAAGAAGCCCAAGGCCGAGAAGCGGCUGCCGGCGGGCAAGACGGCGUCCAAGGAGGCCGGCGGCGAGGCCAAGACCCGGGGCAGGAAGAAGGGCAGCAAGGCCAAGAAGGGCGUGGAGACGUACAAGAUCUACAUCUUCAAGGUGCUGAAGCAGGUGCACCCCGACAUCGGCAUCUCCUCCAAGGCCAUGUCCAUCAUGAACUCCUUCAUCAACGACAUCUUCGAGAAGCUCGCCGGGGAGUCGGCCAAGCUCGCCCGCUACAACAAGAAGCCCACCAUCACCUCCAGGGAGAUCCAGACCUCCGUCCGCCUCGUCCUCCCCGGGGAGCUCGCCAAGCACGCCGUCUCCGAGGGCACCAAGGCCGUCACCAAGUUCACAUCCUCCUAGACUGACGGCGUGCAGUUGGUUUCUGCAUCUGCAUCUGUACUCUUGACUCUGCUUAUCUAUCUAUCUGCAAGUAGUGGUGGUGGUAGUAGUACCUGUGCUGGGUGAUUGCCAACGCUUUGUUGGCCCGUUGGUUGUAAGAGCUGAAGUUGCUGCUUUGGCAAACUGAAAUCUAUCUAGAACUGAAGUUGUGGUCCUA